AUGACAUCCUCCGUCAACGUUACUGGACAGCAAUGCUCGAAUAAGUGGAAGAAGUUAGAAGAGAAAUACAAGAAAGUCACGACAUCCUCCGUCAACGUUACUGGACAGCAAUGCUCGAAUAAGUGGAAGAAGUUAGAAGAGAAAUACAAGAAAGUCACGGAGCACAACAGUUGUACGAGGAAUGAAAGAAAGGAAGGUGAAUUUCAGAAUGAAAUGACAGAGUUUUUCGGAUCUAACCCAAAGAUUGUUCCAGCAACCACUGUUUCCUCUAUGGCCAUGGAAGCAGAGGGAGCGGAUCAUUCCCACGAUGAGGACGAGGAACUUCCCCGCUAG